UAAGGGCAGCUCUCUCCAUAGCAACUGAAAACUUUUCAAGGCAGCAAUAAACUAAUCCUCUCCAGCUUCCAGAGCACCAUCAAGGAAUUUUAAAAACAUUGGACUUCCAGCAGCUAAAUACUUCUGAGGAUUCAGAAGGCCACAAACCUAGAUACUCGAGCACUCUUUUUCCCUUCAGAAGAUUCUUCAGAUUUCCAGUUUAAGCUGUGCAGCCCAAACAACAAUCCAACGUUCAGUGCAGAUCACAAACUGCAGGAAGAGGAGAUGUGUUUUCUGACCAAGCAUCCAGCUCUUGGGGUGGUAUGUUCUGCUUUCAUAUUCAGCGUGCUCAUUGCUGAAGGACAGCCUGGGGAAGAGCAUGGGCAGGAUGGCAGCAAUCCUCCCAGCAGAGGCUCUCUGGUGGAAGUUUUACGCAUUCUCUCAGCUGAAAACACUGAGCUCCACAUGAACCACUCACGAGAACUGGUCAAAAUGUUACUGAAGAGAGCUGAGUGCCCACAGCGGAUUUAUGGCAUGCAAGAGGAUUGUAAUCUGUGCCUUGAACCAGAUGCUUUGUUACUGAUAACUGGAGGAGAUUUAGAAGAUCAUCUCAGUGAAGAAGUAUUUGAGAGAAUUUCUCUUAUUCUUCUCUACUACAUUCUUCAUCGUAGAGAUAUGUGCUCUUCAGAAUUCAGCUUGAAUGAUAAGGAUUAUAAAUUUUACCUACAGAGUAUGCUUAGUUUAAGACAUGAUGAAGACUGUUAUUAUUUUUCACGAAAUGAAACUGAAGAUAUUUUAGCUGCAGUAAGGCAGCAUUUUAAAACUUCUGAAAACCAGUGUGUUGAUGUGAGCACUCUGGAGAAAAAUGCUGAUAUAGUGGACAGAGAUGGCGCUGAUGAAAACACUCUUCCACGCCUGGCUGCUUUAAUCCUUACUCUGGCUCUCCAAGGAGUCUGUAUGGGGAAAGCAAGUUUGCCUUCCCCAGAAUUCUUUAUAAAAUAUAUUUUCAGUUCUCUAAAUAGUACCACUGAGCUCCAAGUGACAGAACUAGAACAACUGCUCAAUGUGCUUAGAGCCAAAAAGACCUGCACUGUAAAUGGACAAUUUCACAGUCACAAAAGAAGACGUUACAGUAUGGCAAUCAGAGAUAUUGGAAGAAGAAAUACUUCAGUCAAAGGAAACCAUACAAAAGGAGACUAUCUGAAAGGCUAUUUUGAAGAUCGUGAAAGAAACACAGAUUGGGACCAGGUUUGUUUCUCUGCCAAUGAGCUUGUGAAGAUAUUUUUGAAAAACAGUUCUUCCUCCAUUUCUAAGGACCACUUCAAGCAAAUCAGUCCAGCUAUCAUUCAACAACUUUUAAGUUGUUCAUGUCAGCUUCCUGACUUCAAACAGACAAAGCUUCCACCAACAACUGUGGAAAAAUAUGGUUACAGCACUGUUGCUGUUUUACUUAUUACUAUUGGAUCUAUGUUUGGUACAACUCUCAUUUUAUUUAACUCCUGUCAAGAAAUCUAUACACUCAUUUUACAGCUGUUUGUCGGUUUGGCUGUUGGAACCCUUUCUGGAGAUGCAUUGCUGCAUCUUAUUCCUCAGACUCUUGGUUUGCAUAAACAUGAAGCACAAGAUGUAGAGCAUUUCUAUGAGGGAAAAGAAUAUAUUUGGAAACUUUUGGGAAUAAUUGGAGGAAUUCAUGGAUUUUUUCUGAUAGAAAAGUGUUUCUUUCUUUUGGUAACACCUCGUGACAAGCAGGGUCUUUCUUUAGUUAAUGGGCACUGGGGACAUUCCCAUGAUCUUCCAGUGGAGUCUGAAUUAAAUGAACAUUCAGGCAGAGGCAAAUCUACUUCAACCAUACAGUUGAGAAGCUCGGAAGAUUCUGAACCUGCUGAAGCUCCUCCAGACAGCAAGGUGAUCAGCAAAAAAAGUAAAAAAAUCAGCUUGUUAGCAAUAAUGGUUCUGGUGGGUGACAGUCUUCACAAUUUUGCUGAUGGCUUGGUAAUAGGAGCAGCAUUCUCAUCCUCAACAGAAACAGGUGUGACAACGACUGUUGCUAUUUUAUGCCAUGAAAUUCCUCAUGAAAUGGGAGAUUUUGCUGUGCUGCUAAGUACAGGGCUCCCAACGAAGAUUGCAAUUUUGAUGAAUUUUAUAAGUGCACUAACAGCAUUCUUAGGACUUUAUAUUGGCCUUUCUCUGUCGACUGACCCAUCCAUUCAAAACUGGAUCUUUACUAUUACAGCUGGAAUGUUCUUGUAUUUAUCUUUAGCAGAAAUGCUUCCUGAAAUGACUCAUAUUCAGACACGGCGACCCUGGUUGAUGUUUCUGCUACAGAACCUUGGAUUACUAUUAGGCUGGCUUUGCCUCUUACUUUUGGCUGUAUUUGAACAGAAAAUUAAAAUAUAAGUUUUCUGUUGGAAAUCUCAAAGUACCACUUAUGACAGUGGAUAGCAUUAUUCACAAUUUUGUUAUGUCUGCCAUAGUAAUAUGUAAAUUAAGUUGCUGGGAUUUUAUAUCUGAAUAGUAGAUAACUAUUUUACUUGAUUAACUUAUUGUCCAUAUUUUUGUAAUUAUUUUUUUUUUGUAAACAUGAAUAUUUAGAAUUCUGUUUUAUUUGUUACUGAGUUUACCAGAUCCCAUGCUCAAACUCACAGGAGCUUUUGAUUAGCUUUUAUUGAGACUGUUCUAGUUGAAUGCUCUAAGUGAUCUCUGCCAGUCUGAUUGAAGAAAAGAAUAAAACACUUUUAUAUGCAAUAAUUAAAGUGGACUAACCAUAGUUUAAUAAUUUGAAUAUGGAAUGGUUUUUUUUUUGCCUUUUAGUACAAAGAAUUAUUUCUUUAAAUUUAAAAAGUGUAGCAAAGCUAAACUGCUAAAUGGCAUAAAGC